GCGACUCGUCCCAGUCGUCGCCUUAUUUAGGGUUCAGGGUUCAAGGGGCGGCGGCGACUACCUCCUCUCGCUUCCUCUCAAGGUUUGGGUCAAGUCGAGUGGCGAAGUUCUAGAUCUUUCGUCCGGCAGUCACCAUGAGCCGAUCGGGGCAGCCACCGGAUCUGAAGAAGUACAUGGACAAGAAGCUCCAAAUCAAGCUGAAUGCAAACCGUGUUGUCAUUGGCACACUUCGAGGAUUUGAUCAGUUCAUGAAUUUGGUCGUGGAUAACACUGUGGAGGUCAAUGGAGAUGAAAGGAACGACAUAGGGAUGGUGGUUCUGAGAGGAAAUAGUGUUGUGAUGAUUGAAGCCCUUGAACCAAUUGCCAAGUCUCAGUGAUAUUUUGGGAUAUUUUGGCAUACCUACUUCUGGUUUAGUACCUGAGCUGAUGUGUUAAGUCAAAACUGAUGUGUGUGCAAUCGGGCAUAUUGUAUCCUACUAUGUUAAUGUGUGAAAUUUAGCACAUUCGUAUAGUUUGGACUGUCUUCUAAUGCUUGAUCAAGGUUAAUAUUGCUGA